AUGGAAAUCGGAGCCGAUCCUUUGAAACGGGGAGAUCUAGGUGAUAAAUCUGAGCGCAUCCAACGAACCAAGGUCCGCGUGCUAGACUAUUUUGAUAAUAACGUUAUUGAACCAGCGCCUCCUAUUGAAUCCGCCCAUGAACUACGAAAAUUCCUAAAUGAAGAACGCAUCAUAGAAACUAUCGGCAGCACCAUCUCCGCUUAUACGUGGUCGAAGAUCUGUCUCGAGAUUCACAUUGUAGACUACGCCUGGUAUAACGUCCGCGACCGGUGGAGAGACCCUCCUGUCCUCGACAUUGCUAAGCAGUUUAAUAUCAAGAGGAGAGUAGAUGACGAUCUAUGCAAUAAGGCCUGGUGGGAUGAAGAGGGUGCGACGGUAGGUUUGACGAGGUCGAGAGCCACAUAUUGGGUGUCACCCGAACGUCAUAUGAAGUCUAAAAGUCGUAUUGGAGUAUUGCUUCUUGACCCGACAGUGCAAGCAGGCGUCCCACUUUGGCGAGGGCGACGAAAUUGCCAACCAGUUCCGAAACCUAACGAGUACGCCGACCACCCAAACCAGAACCAUGCAGAGCAAGAGACCAUCUUCAAAGAUUUCCUCUAUUGGGCCUACCAUCCCGAGAUAUUCCGCAAUCUCGUCUUGGAACCAACAACCGACGAUGACCAGGAGCCGAUCCAGAUCCUGCUCCAUUUUAUCUGCUCUGAGUGGCUGGCAAUACUUGAUUACAUCAAAACGAGGCUAUGCCAAAUCGACCUGGAAAUUGUAAAACCUGAGAGUUUCUCAACGGGCCAGGAUGCCAAAGCCACGCUCGAAGGGUUGCAUAUGUGGGGACGCUUCAUCCCAAUAUAUCGCGAGAUGGUAGCAGAGACGCUUCGGUGUGUGUUUGACUGUUCAUCUGUUAAAACAGAGGCGAAUAGAGCCAGACGUAACGACGGGAGAACCACAAUCAGUGCCUUUGACAAAGAGGCACCGGGAGAUUCAUGGAGGAACCGCCCCCUAUCUACGACACACCCUCUGACCUCAUCUAGUCAAAAGAGUUCCCUCGGGUUACUGAGAAUGCCACGGCUUCAGCGGGGCGCUAUCUCGUCUUAUGAGAAAGACUUAUUAAUCAUCAUGGAGCAACUAGAUGAAUACCAGCAGCGGUUAGAUCGGCUGACGUCGGUCGUCACAGCCGUAAUGUCAAUUGAGGACUCACGGCGGGGCCUAACAGACAACCAAAACAUUGGCCGGCUGACGGUCUUAGCAACGGGCUUCAUCCCCUUUAGCUUGAUGGCGGGGAUAUUCUCCAUGCAGGAGGACCUCGGCGAUUUGCUCCGACAGGGUACGCUUCAGGUAGCUCGCAAGAAGAGGGCACCCGCUUUCUUCCGACCCCGGUACAAGGUAGAGCACAAUGUUCUCGACUUUAUCUUGGUGAAUGGCUUAGGUUCUGCGGCUCUCGACGGCUUCCUUGAGGACCACCAAGCCCUCGCCCACCCCCCAGUGUGCUCUCAGGCACAAUACUUGAUAUCCGUCACCAGAUGGGACGCUGCCCAAACCCAUUGGGUAUGCCCGUACAACAAUGCCCUGGUGAUCAGCCUUAUCCGUCGCUACAUCUACGGAAUGAUAAAUGGCAUCGCUACCAGCGACCAAGCUAGGUUGGCCACCCAAACCAUCGCCGGGUUAAAGCCCUCCAAUCUGAUCAUUCCCCAGAUAAAGGGCAAGAAAACGUAG